CCUAAUUAAUGUGACAACUCCGGGACAUUGAUAGGAACAGGUUUAGUAUCCGGGGACUGGGUAGCCCCAAAUCGCUCAUCUAGCAAGGAUCAAGGGGCGCGUGUGAUACCACAUCCACUUGGUGUGAGGAGCUCACUUAUCCAGCCCGGUGUUCUGGGGCAGGAGGAACCCAGGGUCGCUGCAAGAGCCGGGCGGGGGCCUGAACUCCCGGUGCUGCUGCAGAGCAGAGCAGAGCAUGAGCACACUCCUGCCGCUGCUGCUGGGCCUCAGCCUGGCGUGCACAGGAGCAGGUGGUUUUAUGGCCCAUGUGGAAAGCACCUGUCUGUUGGAUGAUAAUGGGAUCCCAAAGGACUUCGCAUAUUGCAUCGCCUACAACAAGGACCUGCUGACCUGCUGGGACCCAGAGGAGGACAGAAUGGCCCCUUGUGAAUUUGGGACACUGCAUAUGCUGGCUGUCUCUUUGUCCAAUUAUUUAAACAAUAAUACGAACCUGCUUCAGCGCUUGCGCAACGGACUCCAGGACUGUGCCACGCACACCCAGCCCUUCUGGGAGUCGCUGACCCACAGAAGAAAACCGCCAUCGGUGCAGGUAGCCCAAACCACCCCUUUCAACACCAGGGAGCCCGUGAUGCUGGCCUGCUACGUGUGGGGCUUCUACCCCGCCGAUGUGACCAUUAACUGGAUGAAGAAUGGGCUGCUUGUCACCCCUCACAGCAGUGCCCAGAAGACCGCCCAGCCCAACGGAGACUGGACGUACCAGACCAUUUCUCGUUUGGCCUUGACCCCCUCUUAUGGGGACGUCUACACCUGUGUGGCGGAGCAUGUUGGGGCGUCUGAGCCCAUCCGACAGGACUGGACUCCUGGGCUGUCCCCCGUGCAGACAGUGAAGGUGUCUGUGUCUGCGGUGACCCUGGGCCUGGGCAUCAUCGUCUUCUCCAUCGGCGUGAUCAGCUGGCGGAAGGCCGGCUCCUCCAGCUACACUUCCCUCCCUGGAUCCAUUUACCCUGAAGGACGACACAUUUCCUAGGGUCAGAAUCCUGCAACUUCCACUCCAAGUGAGAAGGGAAUUCAAACUUAAUGAUGCUGUCAUGCACCCUCUCCAUGAUCUCCAAUCUCUCCAUGUUUUCUUGGACCCUAAGGUUCCUCUGCCCAAUUCUUUGCAUCUCCCCACUUCUCUGUGUAAACUAUAGCAACACAUUCCUGAAACCGAGCUCCCCCAAACUAUCAUCCAAGGUCAUAUUGCUGGGGUGAAAAAAAUCAGGAGGGAGCUCUCCUGAGGGGACCACUGUGCUGCAGAGGACGGAGCCCUGGUGACCAUCCCUGAGAAAUAAACUCUGGAGGAAUUGUU